CUGAUAUCAACUUUUUACUGCUGGUGACGUUUUGUUUGUGUAUUGGUUUUGUUUUUUUUCUCAACUUUUCAAGUCAUAAUUUAUAAUUUAAUUUAAUAAUUAUACCGACACACCUGAUUCAAAUGUUGGACUUUGAUUUAUUAUAAUUUUAAUAAGUUACCAAUUACUCAGUAUUCGCAAGAAAUGUCAAACCAAAGAGAGGAGGUUGGUGAUGAGUCCCCUUCUGACCUUCCAUGUCUGGAAAAACUUGAUUCUCCAACAGGGAGCCCACCCACUGCCUCAUUAUCCAGUCUGAUGGAGCUGGAAAAUUGUGUUUCCAACCUGAGUCUUGCACAUGAGAUAGUGGUGAACAGAGACUUCUUCUUCAAACCUGGGGACCCUCUUGUGAACAGCUUGGAAGGCAGAGUGACGGAGAUUGUUCACCGGGCAUUUUGGGACAGUCUUCAAGAACAGCUGAGCAACGACCCUCCAAACUACAAACAUGCAGUUAUUCUGUUGCAGGAGGUCAAAAAUAUGCUUUUAUCGCUGCUGCUGCCCGGUCACGUCAGGCUGAGGUCCCAGCUGGAUGAGGUGCUGGACAUGGAGCUGAUCCAGCAGCAGGUUGCUCAUGGAGCUCUGGACAUCCACAGACUGGCAGCAUUCAUCACAGACACCAUGGCGUCUUUAUGUGCUCCUGUACGAGACCCAGAGGUCAAAGCUCUUCGGGACCUCGAGGACCCCGUGGAACUUCUGAAGGGGAUCUUUCGCGUCUUGGGACUGAUGAAGACCGAUAUGGUUAACUUCACCAUCCAGAGCUUGAGGCCUCAUCUCUUGCAGCAGGCCGUGCAGUACGAGAGGACUAAAUUCCAGCAGAUCCUGGACAAGCAUCCAGCUUCUUUAGACAAAACCACAGCUUGGCUUCAAGCAGCAGCAUCAGAGGAGGCGAUCGGACAUCAGGCUGGUUCUCCUGCUUCAGACAGACGGGUUCUGCUCAGCGCCACCGCUGUCCUUAACCGGGCCUACAUGCGUCUGCUCCACUGGGACCCACAGGACCAGAAAUAUCCUGAGACUGUGCUGAUGGACCGAGCCCGUUUGGACACUUUGAGCCAGCAGCUCCAGAUGCUGGUCCUGGAGGCAUCAGUGCUUCUUCUGACCAGCACUCAGUUCAGGAGCGUCAUUUUCCACCUGCAAGGCUUUGUUGGUAAACUCAGGCAGUCCAUCACUGCCCUGCUGGAGAGCAGUCACACCAGGGAAGCUGACCUGAAGAGGGCUCUGUUGGGGAUUGGAGACAUGGUACUGAAGCAGAUGACCGAUGCUGUGAGCACUCAGGGAGGAGGAGCGCUGCCUCAGGAGAGCCAGGAUGUGCUGAGGAGACAAAUAUCUGACUUAUGGAAGCAGAACAACGCCGUUCGCACACUCAUAGGAGAAAGGGUUCAGGACUUCCUCCUGGCCAUGCUGCAGGGUGGCCCGGCUAAAAGGAGUCCAGAGCUACAUUUUCCCCUCGGGCUGGUGAGUGCUGAGCUAGCAGAGCUGGGAACGGCCUUUGGGCGAAUCGUCCACUUCAACCGAACAGUCUUUGGUCCUUUUUAUGCACCCAUCCUCAGGAAACUGCUGCUCCCGACAGGAGAAGCCGAGGCUGGAGAGGACUUGCGCUAAACUGUGGGUGACCUAAACACAAUCUGCCACUUGGCAUAAAAUGUAUGACUUUAGAGACUCACAAAUCAAAAGCAGUCAGCUGAAUGUAUAGUCCUUCUGUUGUUUAAUUGACAUUUACAGUCUCCAGAAACAAAAGGUUUUCUUAGAUGUCAGGACUCAAAUGUCCAAGUGAAAGCAUAAGGCAGUUACUGAAUAAUUAUAGUACAUGUAAACCAGAUAACGUGUGUACACAAAACAAGACUGUAAAGUAGAAAGAAACACAAGUCACAUUUAGUCAUAACAAGAGACUGAAAUGUUUUAAAAAAAGUGCCAAAGAAAAUAUGCUAAGAGUUUGUAAAUAAGACUUUAUACUAAGUUUUAAUAUGUAGCUGGGUGUCUUUAUGUUAACAAAUGUUUCUGUACGACUUACCAAAGACAGUACGCACUUUUUUUUAUUCUUUUCUUUUUUGUAUUUUUGAUUAUAAACCAAAAAUAUAAUGAUGUGUUUUCUACAGAUUGGGUUAUAUUGGGCAGGGAUGGAGGGGUUGAGGGGGUGUGGUACUAAACAGUGCUUUAUUUGUAAACUAAUAGCAAUGCUUUUUUUUUUUUCAUAUUUCACAGUCGUUCACACAGCACACAUUACAGAG